UUAAACGUUAGCUAAAAACACUCGGUGCUUUUUUUGACAAACGUUGUUAAAAUGCGACUUAUAAGUACUUUGUGGUAAUGCUCUUUCCGCCAUGCAUGUUAAGUCUAGUACAUUUCCUUGAGAGGACUUACCCUGCGUUUUUUAAAAGUUGUAGUUGUAUUUCCUUGAGGACUAACGUUAGCUUUUUGUAGCUAACCAAGUUUCUGCUGGUGUUGUCAACGGUAACCUAGCAGCCGAAGCAUCAUGGAAACCUUAGGAUGGAUGUUUACUGACAUUUUAACACACAUCUACAUUUAACUUAUCUUGACAAGCGGUGUUAAAUAACAACAAACAUUUGGUUCAAACUUUCAAAAGACAGCUAGCUAAUUCAUGAACUCAAGUGGAAUUUGUUGUAGCAGUUAGUACUGACUUAACGUACCUAAAAGUAAUCACAAAUGUAGUUAGCUAGUAUCUAAACCAAUUUCAAAGCAGCUUUUAUGCAGAACAAAUGUAAUUUCGUGCUACAAGGCAAUGUUUAGCCAUGUUUUCAUAACUCCAAAGAGCUAACUGACCAGCUAACACUGACAUUGUGUAGCUGACAGGUUUUUAUUCUACACAAUUCCUCGUUAAAUAUUAACGAACACGCUACUGCCAAGAUGCCUGCUGCUCUGGACUGGGAUAAAGUGACCAGAAUUGACCCAGAGAGCCUGCUUGAAUGUGAAAAUGACCAAGUGGACGAGGUCUUCGGCAUGUUUGUUUUGACGGAGGAUUGGGAGGUGAAGGAUAAAGCUCCGGAGAACAUCGUUCAAGUCCUCAGAGUGUUCCAGACCCUAUUAAAGAUUAAGGACCAGGAAGCUACUAUUGCCGCCAACUUUGUCGAGGACAUUGGUGUAAAGCAUGCUAAAACCGAAAAGGAACUCCUCGCCAAGGUGUCAAGGCUGGAACGAGAGCACAAGCACUCCGGAACGGGGCCAGACAGCCGCUUUCUGAGGGAUGAGAUCCGGCAGCUCGAGACCCAGCUGGAGCAGAGGGAGAAGGAGUUGACCCAAUUAAGGAAAGACAUGGGGAAGGAAAAGAACACAACCGAGGAGUUGCUCGUGCGAGCAGAGGAGGCUGAGGAUGAGGUCAAGAAGCUAAAGAGAGAGAAUGAGCAGCUCCUGCAGGACGUUAACUUCUACCGCGGGGAGCUGGAGCAGAAACAGCCGUCGCCGUCCAGAGACGAGAGCGCAGAGACGCAGAGGAAACUCAACCUGGCCAACCGGCAGCUCUACCAGUGCCUGGAAGACCUUCAGCGAGCGGAAGAUGACAACGCACACCUGAAGACGCAGAACGAGCAGAUGCAGAAAAGUCUGGAGGAGUCGGUGAGGGAGAUGGAGAAGAUGACGGACGAGUACAACAAGAUGAAGAUUGUUGUGCAGCAGACCGACUCCAUCAUGGACCAGCUCAGGAAAGAGAGGGAUCAUUCAAAGCUGCAGGUCAGAGAGCUAACUGAUAAGAUCCAUAACAUGAAUGAAGAGGACGACCCGAUCAUGGCAGCAGUCAAUGCUAAAGUGGAGGAGUGGAAGAGAGUGCUUUCUGGGAAGGACGAUGAAGUUCUAGUUUACCAGCAGAUGAUCCGCGAUCUGAGGGAAAAGCUGCGCUCUGCCCAGAUGGACUUGGACAAAAGCAACAUCAUCGCCUUGCAGCAGGCCGUCCAAGAGAGGGAUAAUCAAAUCAAGAUACUGGGCGAGCAGGUGGAGCAGUACACAGGAGAGAUGGAGAAGCACACCCUGCUCAUCGAGGAGCUAAAGACGUCCACAAAGAAAGACAGAGGCCUGCCAUCGGCCAUAACGCAGAGAAAGAUGGAGGAGCUGAAGUCCAAGCUGGAGGCUGCAGACAUCAGAGCAGCGGAAGCAGAGCGGGCUGUAACGCUUGCAGAAGCUCACGCUGAGGAAAAAGACAAAGCCCUCAUUGAGGCCUCAAACCGAUUGAGUCAGUAUGAGUCUGGUAUUUACGGACUGGAAGCAGCCAUUGUAGAGAUCAAAGAGUGUAAAAAUCAAAUUAGAGUGAGAGAUCUUGAGGCAGAGGCCAUGACCAAAGAGAUCAACCAGCUUGAGAUGAGAAUCAAUGACCUGAUGGACGAAAAUGAGGAUUUCCGAGAAAAACUGGGUCUGGAGCCAAAACAGGAAGUAGAUCUGACUGUGUUCAGGCGAGCCAAAGAUCUAAGACAGCGACAGUACAAAGCAGAAAAUCAAGUCCUCACCAAAGAGAUUGAACGGCUGGAAGAAGAAAGACUUGAGCUGAAGAAAGAAAUACGACGCAUUGUGAAGGAAAGAGGCAUCCCUCAGUCCAGCCUUUGGCAGGAGGAGGACCCUCGGUCCAGCAGAAGGGAACAGCUGCCUCUCAAACACAGCAACACUUACACAGAUGAAGAGAUCAGACGCAAAAAUGAGUACCUACAAAAGGAGCUGAGCAAUAAGGAGAGAGAGCUCAAACUCCAGAAGACCCAGUUCUACAUGAAGAUGGAUGAGCUGUCAAAAGAGAAAGGAGACCUGGAGGCUGCGCUGAGAGACGUCCUCAGAGCAAUGAGGAAUAACCGAGAGACGGCUCCAUCUGAAGCUGCCAUCGACAUCUCCCGUCUGGAGAGGUUAGCCAAGGUUAUAGAUGGCAGCAACAUGAUUGGGCAGUCUGAGUCCCAAAUCCAGCAGCUGUUGGGGAGAAAUGAAGAACUGAGACAGGAGUUGAAGUUGGCCCGGGAAGAAGCAACCGGACGUUUCAGUCAGCUCGCUGGAGCCAAAGAAAAGGUGAGCCGGCUGGAAGGAGAGGUGGAGUUGCUGAGGAGGUCAGGCGGCGGGGGGGCUGACCUCCGACCCCUGACCCUCCCCGAGGCCCUGGGUCCCGGCAGCACCGAGGUCAUCAGUCCUCUGAACGAGUACGCUGUUCGACUCCUUCAGGAGCUCAAAAACAAGGAGGAAACCCUGGAGAAACUCACAGGAACGCUGGAGGAAUACAAGGAGAAGUUUUCUGUCAUCAGCCACCAACAGGGACUCCUCUAUAAAGAGUACCUCAGUGAAAAGACGGAGUGGCAAAAGGAGAAAGAAACCUUUGCAGAGAUGAAGAACAAGCUGGAGGAGCAGAAGCAGGUGGACGCUGUUAAAAUCCAGGAAUUCAACGAGCUGCUAGACACCCUUCAAAAGGACCCAGAGGAAAUCAGGAGACAGUUGAGCGAAGCGUUGCGAAGGUCCACGUUGCUGAAGGUUAACGAGAAGAAGCUAACGAGGCGCUACACCACUCUGCUGGAGCAAGAGCAGCACCUUCGCAAGGAGAACGGCAAGAUGAAGGAUGACAGCAGCAACAUGCAGGCCUCCGUCACCCAGAGGAUGGGCUACCUGCAGAGAUACAAGGAAAUGGCUGCUUAUAAGAUAGCAGCGUUACAAAAGGCCUUGGAUGACAGUGUGCUCUCCUCAGAGCUGGAGAAGGCCAACAAGCAGUACACGGAGCUAACGGUCAAAUACAGAGACGUGCUGCAGAGAGACAGCCGCCUCAUUCAGAGAACCAGCAACCUGGAACAUUUGCAGGGUGAGAAUGAGUCUUUUCGGGAGCAGAUCUCAGCCAUGAACAAAGAACUGGAGAUCACGAAGGAGAAACUGAACACUUUGGAACAAGCAUGGGACAACGUCAAUACAACAGGAGGUGAAACAAGCAUGGAUAAGGCAGACAAGGCGUUUGCCAACAAAGAGAUGGUGUCAGCCGCCCGGCGCAUCACCACUCUGGAGAUGAAGGAGCUGAACGAGAGGCAGAGAGCUGAGCACGCACACAAAAUGUACGAACACAUGAGAAAGUCCCUGAAGCAAGUGGAGGAACGCAACUCUGAACUGGAGUCCAAGUUUGCAGAGUUGACCAAGAUGAAUGUGGCGGCGCAGAGGGUGGAGCGCGAGCUGAGAGACGAGCUGGCCGACAGCGUCAGUCAAGCUGCGAGCGACGCUGACAAAGCCCGGGUUGGAGAGCUGGAGAAGAACGAGGCGGAGCUCCGCAUCGAGGUUUCUAAGCUGCAGGAGGUGUCUGAUGUGGCUGUGAUGCAGGUCUCUGCUCUUCAGGCCCGACAGCAGAGCAGAGAGAAGGAAGUGGAAGCUUUGAGGAGACAGAUACAGGACUACCAGUCUCAGUCAGAUGAGAAGGCCCUGAUAGCGAAGCUGCACCAGCACAUCGUGGCUCUGCAGCUCAGCGAGUCGGCAGCUUCGUCCAAACUGGAUGCCGCCACAUCUCACCUCCAACAGCUGGAGGUUCACAAGCUGCGUGCCGAUCAGCGACUGGACACCAGCGAGCGCUCUCUGUUCCUAGCUCGACAGGAGGGAAGAAACCGCUCAAAGCACCUCCGUCAGACCAUCCAGUCGCUACGUAGGCAGUUCGCCGGGGCAAUACCUCUCCCCCAGCAGGAGAAGUUUUCAGUGGCCAUGUUUAGCCUUCAGGAGGACAGAGCAACAGCCCAGGAGGAGAAGAGGAAGGCGGAGGAGGAGAGGAAGAGGGCGGAGGGCAGGGCGGAGGAACUGGAGCUAAGACUCAGGGGCCUGGAGGAGCUCAUCGCUACACUGAAGGACGUGAAAGGAGCCCAGAAGGUGACUGAGUGGCACAAAAAGAUGGAGGACGCUCGUCUGCAGGAGCUGAGGAAAGGCAGGGAGCUGGCGGUGCAGAAGGAGGAGAUCAGGUACCUGAAGACGCUGGUGGAGGAGCAGGAGCGAAACAUCCGCUCGCUGGAGGAGGACGUUGUUCAGCAACACAGGCUUCAGGAGGAACACCAGCUGGCUCAUGAUCAGCGAGAGGUGGAGCUGGAGCGCCAACUGGAGCAGUACGAGAAACACCAGAGCGAAAUACUAAGCAGUUCGGAAAAGUAUGAGUAUGGUACAGGAUCCCUUCCAGACCAGAGUCUUCCUCUCGCUCAUCAGCUGGAGUUUGCUUUGGGUAAAGUCAGAGAGCAUGUCCGCACCAUUUUGGAAACACAGGCCACCUGCAAAAAUCUGGAUGAGAAGUUGAAGGAGAAAGAAGCCGCUCUGUGGAAGGCUGAACAGAACAUUGUUUCCAGAGAUAGAGUGAUCAACGAGCUGCGUCUUCGCCUCCCUGCCGCUGCCAACAGAGAGCGGCUGCUAGCUGACCUGAAGAAGCACGAGGAGGGUCAGCCGGAGGGUCAGCGCACUCUGAAGCUGGCCCACCAGACCAUCAAAGACCUCCAGGGGCGCAUCGACAAGAAGGAGGACGUGCUGAAGAAGUACCAGAAGCAGUUAACUCAAGCCAGACAGGACCAGGAGGAGAUGAUAAAGAGACAUCAGGAGGAGAUGAAGAUGUUGCAUGAGAAGUUGGACUUGCAAACGGACACCUCUCUCGACCGCUUCAAACAGACGGCAAUGGAGUUGAUGAAGAAGCCCAGCAUCAGGGUGCCGACCAACAAGCACCUGGAGCGCCUGGCUGAGCUGGAGCAGACGGUUUCUGAGCAGGACGGCUCGCUCUUCUCCGUCACAGAGAAGCUGAGGCUGAGCAACGCUGAGCUGGAGAGACAGAGGAGCGCCAUGGAAACACUGGCUAAGAAACACGCCGAGGAGACAUCAAAGUUGGAGGAGCACCAUGCCUCCCAGGUGAAGGCUCUGACCGGUGACAGUGAGGAUCAGACGAACAGAAUCGCCCAGAUGGAGAAGGAGAUGACCUUCCUCCAAACUGAGCUGUCCGCCCAGAAGGAGGCCAACGUGCGCUCCCCCAGCAACACCAUGAAGAACCUGGUGGACCGACUGAAGGCUCAGCUCACCCAGAGAGAGAAGCAGCUCAAGGCUCUCAGUAAAGCUCUGCUGGAGCUGCGGGCGGAGAUGACGUCUGCUGCCGAGAGUCAAGUCAUCGCCGGCGCUGCUCAGAGAGAGGAGAGCCUCAACGUUCAGAUGCUGGUGGACAGGCACACCAAAGACCUUAAGGUGCGGGUGCAAGAACUUAAUGAAGAACUUCAAUCGGCAAAGGAUUCUGCAAGAGGAGCAAGAGGCCGGGAGAACAGCCUGAGAGAGGAAGUGGACGGGCUGACCCAGGAUCUGCAGAGGAGUGCGAAGGCUCAGAGACGCCUGCAGGCGGAGAGGGAGGAGCAGGAGCAGGAGGUCCAGGAGCUGAAGCAGAAAGCCAAGAGGUUCAGCAGCGCCCUCCAGAGCCAACCAGAACCAGAUGGGAAGGGGCCGAGCACCGAGAGUCUGCACAAGAAGAUCAGGAGGCUGGAGUCUGAGCUGGACAAAAGAGCAGAAGGGAAAAAUGUCAAGGAUGAUCAUGAAAAGACCAAAGGAGAAGUGGUGCGUUGGGAGGAGGGGAAGAGAUGGCAGGCCAAGAUGGAGAAGCUGAAGAACUCAUUGAGGGAUAAAGAGAGAGAGAACGAAGCCCUUUUGAAACAGCUCAGCACUCUCAGAGACCUCUAUUCCAGACUGGAGCAGGAGAAGAGCUCUCUGCUGAGGAAGAUGAAGGGUCGAGGCGUGACGGCAGAUCUUGUGGUGGGAGUGCGCAGCGCUGAGAUGGAGACGGAGCUGGAAGAGCUGAAGAAUAGGAACUCAGAGCUGGAGACACAGAUCCUCACCAUCAAAGAGCACCAGGCGUUGCCUCGUGAUGACGCCAUGGAGAAUCUGAUUGAGAGGAACCGCUUCCUGGAGGAGAGGCAGCACUCUGCAGAGAUCCAGACCCUCAAAGAGCCUCCGUCCAGACCCUCUACGUCAGGACGAGGCACUGGCACCCCCUCUCAGAGAGACCAGGACCUCCAAAAAGAGAACCUCCAUCUGGCCUCUGAGAACCUGGAGCUGCGCUUUCAGCUGGAGCAAGCCAACAAAGACCUGCCAAGACUCAAGAAUCAAGUGGUAGACCUGAAGGAGAUGUGCAGCGCGCUGAAGAAGGAAAAGGCAGAGGUGGACAAAAAGCUGAUGCAUAUACGCGGAGCCGGUCACAGCGGUAAGACAGUCCCAGAGCUGGAGAAGACCAUCGGGCUGAUGAAGAAGGUGGUGGAGAGGGUGCAGAGAGAGAAUGAGACCCUGAAGAAGUCCGGGGCGUCGUCAAAUCAAGACAAGAUCUCUGCCCUGGAGCAACACAAUGAGAAACUGAAGACGGACUAUGAGAAACUGAAGAGUGCCGGUGAAGCUGAGCUGAGAUCCAAACUUGAAUCUAAAACCAAAGGACUGGAGAAAAUAGUGAUGGAAAACGAACGUCUACGCAAGGAGAUCAAAAGGGAGAUGGAAACUGUGGAGAGGAUGAAGGUGACGAAGGCGAGUGUGGAGGUGACCAACGAGAAGCUGGAGGCCGAGCUGGAGGAAACGAAGCAGAGACUGAGAGCCUCUCUCUCCAAACCCAUCUCUGAGGGGGCCGGCAGCAAGACCUCGAAAUCUACCGUGGUGACAAGAAUGUUUGAGAACAAGAUGAAGGAGCUGGAGAAGGAUCUUUCCCAGAAGACCUCCAGCCUUUCUGAAGUGAAACAACAGCUGAAGGAGGUGAAGGAGCGUGAGGAGAGCGCGCAGAUAAACAUCCGGAAACUGGAAGAUCAGGUUGAUAUGUUGAAAAAGUUCCCUUCAGCCGGAAAGACAGAACGUGGAUUUACCAAGGAGCUCCAGAAAAAGGGAUUGUUAAGCAGUGAUCUGGAGGAGGAGAACACGGAGCUGAAACAGAAGCUGAACACGUACAGUGAGCGAUACGGGGAAACAUCCUCUAAACUAGACAACGGUGCGCUCAAGCAGCUCCUUCACGUCGCCCAAACGGAGAAAACACAACUCCAGACGGAGGUACAAAAGCUGAAGGGAGAGCUGGAGAACUUUGACCCGUCGUUCUUCGAAGAGAUCGAGGACUUGAAGUACAACUACAACUCCGAGGUGACGAAGAACAUCCUGCUGGAGGAGCAGCUGAGGAAAGUGUGUGAGAAGUUCGGAGUGGAGGUGGAGCUGCCCAUCGUCUCCGUCAGUUAACUCGGGGUACUGUGCCUUUAAAUUGAACAUAUCUUAUUUGAUUAGCAUGUUUGCCUAGAAUAACUAUUAUGUUGUUCUUAGCAACGGGACUUUUUUACAAUGUGGAUUCAUUUUUGCAGCGUAAAACAUAGGUUUGUAAGUGGGUUAGGGUUAGUUAGAAAAGUAAGAAGAAGUCUUUAGAUAUUGACUUUCGGCACUAUGUCGAUGUCCAGCCCUAAAGAUUUCUCUAGACGAGAGACACAUUGGAUUUUAGAGAUUCAAUACGAUUGAAAUAGCGCUGUCCACUUAAUCAUGAAUAAAAUCAGUAAACAGUUACGUAGCAUCUCAGGUUUUCAUGAGGCAGCUAUUUUGUCUGUUACACAGUUCUUGGUUUGUGUAGCAUAUUUAUUUAUUUAUAUUGUUCUUC